CUUGGAAGUUGGAUUAAUAAUAGUCAUUCUUGGUGAAAAGUAGUUCAUCAAGAUAAACGUCUCCGGCACGAUAUUUAUUAUUGUGAUGUUUAUUGCUGUGCCGGGUCCAAUAAAUGUCAAAAUGUUAAAAAACGGACCGUAGAUGUUUACCUUGGUGAACUAGGUGAAAAGGGAAGACUUCUUUCGAUAAUUAACAGAAACGAAAUUAGCGUGAUCGUUGAUAUGCAGUUUGACAACAAUGGAAUAACAUAACCACUGGGCAGAUGUCUAAAGAAGUCUUUUGUCAUGGGUAUGACAUCUCUUUGAAAUAGACUGACAUCAUUGUGAAUAUAUACAGACGUGAUGGGAGUAACAUAAUUCUAAAUAUGAGAUUGACAACAUUGAUAUAAAAACAAAUAGACAAUGAGUGUGACAUCACUUCUUCAAUACAACACUGACAGCAUUUUAUCAUAUGGUCAUGAUGGGUUUAAUGUCUCUGCCUGAUGGAAUAUGACAGCAUUUUGACCAGUAAUGAUGUGACAUAGGAAUAAACGUUAACAGCCUUCUCAUCAUACUAAUAUUUAUAUGUGAUGGAAGUGACAUCAGUUCUUAAUAUGACAUUGACAAACUUUUUGUUGUAAAUGAUGUGUAUGUCACAAUCACCUAACAGAAUGACAGUAUUUUGACCUCUACAACAUAUUUGGAAAUCAAGAUUAACAACCUUGUGACUAGUAAUUUAUGUGCAAUGGGUGUGACAUCACUUUGGACUGUGUUAGAGUCAGUGGGAGAGAGUCAUUCUCUCUCUAAUGAUGCAGGAAUCAGAGUGGCUGUUGAUCUUGGCUCAUGGAUCGUGCCAGGAAUGAAAGUAGCCAGACAAACCAAUUUUGCCAACGAGAUCUACAUGACUAUCAGAGCUGUGUUUUUCCGCACAAUACAUUUAUUGAGACUAGGACUAAAGCCAGUGUUUGUUCUUGAUGGACAAGCUCCUGCGGUGAAGAAUGUUACUCUGGGGCGGAGAAAAACAGCGGCUGGAGGCAGUGCGAGUUCCAGUGACAGAAACAGGAACCGAUACAGAGAAGUGGCCAACAAGUGUAGCGAACUGUUCCGUGCCCUUGGUCUUCCCUACAUAGAGAGUCCCGGAGAGGCCGAGAAGCUGUGUGCCUGUCUCAACAGUAAUCAGCUGGUCGAUGCCUGUCUUUGUGACGACAGUGAUAUUUUUCUUUAUGGUGCUCAGACAGUUUACAGAAACUUCAACUUUAAACAAAAUGACACCACUGUUACAAGGUACAAGAUGGCUGAUAUCAAGCAGAAACUUAAACUUGAUCGACGAAGUCUGGUUGUGUUUGCUCUUCUCAGUGGUUCAGACUAUGGUGAUGGACUUCGAGGUGUCGGGGUGAAGAAGACACAGGAACUGAUUGAGUCCAUCCAAUGUGAUGACGUUUUACAAAGGAUUCUUUCAUGGAAAGAGAAUACAGAAUUGCAACAGAUUGCGAAACAAUUGGAGUUACUACAGAAAACAUCAAAACCAACUCACUGUUCACAGUGCAUUCAUCUGGGGUCUCUAUCUCAGCACAAAGCUAAAGGAUGUAGAGUCUGUGGUAAAAACAAAAACUGUACGUCAUCAUCAUCUGUUGCCUGUCCCUGCAGCUGGCACGAGGUUCGAACCACAGUCCAACCACAUCUACUGGAGCUUAGUGUCCGAGAGAAGGCGUUAAAAAUGAAAGACUUCCCACCAAAAGAGGUAGUUGAUGAAUUUUUAGAUGAUAUAGUGCCCAAAGUGAAACUUGAUUGGACAAUGCCACAAAGUUUAACACAUAUUAAAUCAAUUCUUAAAACAUUCCUUAAGUGGGACCCUGCAGAAGUUAACAGAAAACUACUUCCAGUACUCGUUCAUAUGCAGCUACAUGGAAUUGUGGGAAAACUAAGAUUUGAACCAAUCAGAAUAGAAAAAUCAUGCAAGAAACAUUUCAAGCCCUGUUAUAAAACCUGGUGGAAAGCAAAUGAAACUAAAAAUGGUGAAGAAAAUAGUUUCGAAGUUGUGGUGGAGGAAGAGCUGUUUACUACCAAAUAUUGCAGAAUGACUCAAGAGUAUUUGGAAACAUUACACGCACAGAGGACCCCUUCCAGUUCAGGAAAGAAACGAAAGUUGAAGGUAGAUGACAGCCAACCAACAAUAGCCUCUGUAUUUAAAAAAGCAAAGCGAAAAUAGAACUUUAAAAAAGUAUCCGCAACUGUUGGUGAUCAAGAUUUAAUAGUCGUUUCAGAUGAAGAGCAAGCCGAUUAGAAACCCCCACCACCUUUCUGACUGAAAGGAUAGUAGUGAAAACUGUAAAUAAGCAAGAGUACCGGUUAGGUACAUCCCAUCCCAUUAAAAGCUAUGGAAUGCAACACACACCCAUCCCAAGGUGUGAUGAUCCUAUAUUAAUUGACACAGAAAAAUAUGGCCCGGACAAGGAAUUCCUUUAACAUGCAGUAAUACAUAAAAAGUAGGUCGCAGUGACCUAGUUAUGGUACGUAACACACCACAUCACAAGUUGUACUUGCAUGCUAGGUCGUAUGAUCCUAUAUGAAUUGAUAAAAAUAUGCUCUGGAAACAAAAAUUGAAUAGACAGACAAUGCUAUACUGUAAUAAGAGUCGUCCAAGACUGGCGUACAAAACAAAAAAUAUUGACUUGUACAUGUAGAAAGGAAACAACCAACCGUGUGAUGACACCUCAACACAUUGUUUAACCAGCAGUAAGAUGGCCAUAGUCUAAUAUUAAAAAUCUACCAAUUACACAUUUCAAAUAGAA